AUGGGCCGUUCGGAAAAGCAUAAAGGCAAGCGUCAUGAUGUAAAAGAUCAAACUCAGUUGGGGAAACCCAUCCCCGGUGCGGCGGGAUCUACAUCCUCCGGUGUUGUUUGUACCCCUCGGGAUGAGUUUGGUGCGAAGGAUAUGCGCCAUUUGUUGCAAUUACGUGCCGAUCAUCCUUGCCGUCCCCUAUGGAUCGGUCCGGACGGACACAUCUUCCUUGAAGCAUUUGGUCAGUUGGCACGACAGGCGCAAGACUUCUUGGUGGCAAUCGCAGAGCCUGUGUGUCGCCCCACGCACAUUCAUGAGUACAAAUUGACUUCCUACUCCUUGUAUGCCGCGGUCUCAGUCGGGUUACGAACCGGGGAGAUAAUUGGUUGUCUUCGUCGGCUCUGUAAGACCGAUCUACCUGCAGGCAUUGUAGCUUAUAUUCGGAGUUGCACUCUGUCCUACGGAAAAGCCAAGUUAGUGCUUAAAGGGGGACGAUUCUUCGUCGAGAGCCCGCAUCGUCGGUUUUUGCAGCAGUUAGCUAAUGACUCGAUCGUGCGUCAGUGCCUAAUUCGAACACGUCCCCCAGAUGACCAAGGGGAUGGAGCUCCGGACACCGUUGUAUUGUACAAUGCGGCUGAGCUGGCCCAAACGGAUCCGAUUUCAUUUGCUGGCACAGAGCAGACCACACAAAAUUCAGGCUUAGGUGCUGCGGCCAUGGAAGUGUUACAUUUGUAUGCCCAAUUAGAUGCAGAGGAAGAAGCGAAGGCGGAACAGGCAGAGAAAUGCGGUGAUGAUGGAAAGAAUACAAAAAACAAUUUUCUCACUUCGGCCGGCACCAACUUGGAUUUGGAUGCCAUCGGGAUGGAAUCUGAAGCGGCCGACCGUGAAGGGGAACUAGACGAUGAAUCACUAGACGGGGAUUCUGUUGUGGACGCGAAGCAUGGAUUUGCGGCUCCCGAGAAUGCCACCCUUUUAGCUAUGGAGGUUAUUCAAGAUCAGAUCGAGCUCUUACAGCGACGGUGUAUCGAGUUGGAGGUUCCCCUGUUGGCUGAGUACGAUUUUCGACAGGAUAAAUUGAAUCGGGACAUAGCAAUUGAUUUGAAAGCAAGCACUACACUACGUCCGUAUCAGGAGCGUAGCUUACGCAAAAUGUUUGGCAACGGACGUGCCCGGUCCGGUGUGAUUGUUUUGCCUUGUGGCGCAGGAAAAACAUUGGUAAGCGUUUACCGUGAAUUGGUUAUGAUCCGGUUCUCUAAUCCUGAUACAUAA